AUGGCUUCAAUGUCAGGAAAGUUGUGGUUUCACAGUGAGGUUCAAAAUGUUCAUCUAUUGUUCGAGUCCUUUACACUUGACAGCCCCUUACACCUCGGUCUAGGAUAUUUAUUGGUUGUGGCGAUUUGUUGGGCCGAGCGUGCAAUAACAUACUGGCUGGAUGGUGCGACCUACAAAGGAAAGAAGCUUUGGCCACAGAUCUUACUAAAGACAACCCUGUAUGGCAUUGUAAUGACCCUGAGGCUGUUGUACAUGCUCAUCUGUAUGUAUUUCAAUACAGGCCUGUUUAUCACAAUUAUAUUUGCAUUAACCAGUGGGCAAUUGGUAUUUGAAUUCAAAAAAUCAUCAAAAGUUAAUCUUUCCGGUGGUGCUGGGUACAAAGACCGAAGGAACGACUAUGGCUAUGCUACACGACCAGAGGAAGAAACUCAACACCUGUUUGUCCCUCAGGAUGAAUAUGAACUUGCUCAUGAUAUGCAACAAACCCGUGUAGCCUAA